AUAUCGUGCCAACAGCCUAGAAGACGGCACCGCGCAGCAUACGGAGGAAGAUUAUUGCGAUCUUGCCAGGGAAGUAGGCGUAGGGCAUAUCGCGUGAGCUUACGUUGAAUCGCCUCAAGUCGAGCAAUUGAAGAAACAAUGGUCGGCCUCCAGACUACUCACGAUUAUUCCAGAACCGAACGAACGAUACUAUUGUAGACAGCUUUAAUGCACAUAGGGUUGCGAAACUCAUUAGUUGUCCGGAUAACCACGCCAAGUAGUUGGUUUCCUCUGGCUACAAGGUCAUCGAUAUGCUGUUUAGAGUUCAAACUUGAGUCAAGACGAACCGGAGUCUAGAACCCGUUUAGUAAUCUUUUAGUGGAUUUGUGGCACUAGGGUAGUUCUAGCGAUGCAUAACUUCAAUGCGAAACCGUACAACAGUACUGAGGGAAGGAGAAAGCUCUCAAAACGAGGAAAGAUCUCCACUGUGUGGCUAUCUCGACAACUAAUGGCGCCAUAAGCUUUUUUUACUCUUUUUAGAAUGCAUCACUCAUUUACCGUGUGCUAAGCGAAGACUUUUAAGAUUUCUUUCAAGUACAACUUUUAGGUUGAGAGCUUGAGCCGCUUAGACCCCGUUCAGUGGUCGUUUAGUGGGUUUGUGGUACUGGGGUGUUCAUCCAUAUCAGGAUAGUCUGCUGUCCUACGCAUGGGAGCACUAUCCAUUCGGGGCCGCAUGUUGUCAAGUCGUGCGAACUAAUGAAUGUUUAUUAAUCUCUGAUAUCUAAUAUAUUUAGAACCAUGUAAGGCAUGCAACGCUUCUCCGAACCAAAGGGCUUAUCGUUUCUAUUGCUGAGAAAAAUAAUGGUUCAAUAGUGACGGAUUAAAUGGUAAGCGGACUGAACGGCCAAGGGAAACAUCGGCGAUUUUGGGACCCCGUAGAUGGUAAGCCCAGCAUAUAUAACAGUGGGGUGGGUAGUCCCAUUGAGGGCCUCCUCUGCAGGAACAGACUCAUAGACAAUAGAAGCCCCGUGUUCAAAGCUCAACAUCUACAUGGGACCUCCAUUCCUUCUACCGCUUAGUGCCUUUGGUACCCUAGAUCCGCAACUGGUCAAUCAAGAAACGGAUUUGUGGAUUACUUCGCUGUUGAUCAGAGCAAUAUAUUUGCUGAUUGGUACGUUGCCGAAUCGUUAUGGUAGCUCGCGCACUUAAUAUGUUUCGAUUUGGAAUCUGUUUAGAAGGUACUUAAACUACAGCACCGCGAAAACGAGUAACAGUCGCGUUCUUUCCAGGCUAUAGGCCGUCAUUCAUCAAUUACUUAAGGCAAACAUUAUAAAAUAUAAUAAAUAAUAAUCGUAAUAAAUCGUAACGUUUGACGACACCCUUCCACCCCGUUAUCAGCGUUUCAUAAUUGAUGGAUGACGCCUAAAAAGCGCUCUUAACUUCUUAUCAGACGCGCUCUGGAGAGGUUAUCCGCCUGUCGCGUAACUUUGUCUUAUGUUAAAUAAUCCAAUCUCUACCGAUCGUGAACCAAAAAAAUCAUGUUCAGCCCUGCUACGGUACUUUGCGGGUGCAAGUUACACAAGUUACUCCUUGUGUCGAUGUGGUGUGGCUUACCGUGUCGUUAUGUAUUGUUCACCAAAACGGUUUCUCCUGCUGCUGGGAUGUUGGCAUUGGGCGAUGCAAACACGCGCACAAGAGGAUCAUUUAUCGUGCGGCAGGCGCAAAGUGAAAACGACAUAUCUCAUCCACAACGGCGCUGAUGCCAUUGCUGGACACUGGCCGUGGCAUGCGGCAAUUUUCCAUAAAAAAGACGAGCACAAAGAAUACGCAUGCGGUGGAUCCAUCCUUGAUGAAACAACCAUUCUUACGGCAUCCCAUUGCGUGUCCACUCUAAGCGGCGUGAUCUCGGCAGCUCUCGUGACAAUACACGUGGGACAAAUCCACCUGAAUCAGACCAGCGAAAACACGCAGACGUUCGAUGCGCGUGAGAUAAUCAUAAAUCCUGGCUUCAGUAAAGCCAGUAUCAUCCACGACAUAGCUUUGAUGAAGCUCAGGACCAACAUCAGUAUGAACCGGUACGUGCAGCCUGUCUGUUUGUGGACAAUGGACAGUGCGCUGGAGUUGAUCGUCGGCAGAAACGGAACGAUCGUUGGAUUUGGGCUGAGCGAAAGGGAUGUUGUGUCGGAGCAGCUAAAACAAGCCACGAUUGGGGUGGUGGAUCCUUACACGUGCAUUGCAAGUGAUCGGGUCGUGUACGGAACGCAUCUAACGUUGGACAUGUUCUGCGGCAAAGGACAGAACGGUGUGAGUGCGUGCAAUGGAGAUAGCGGCGGAGGCAUGUUCUUCGAGGUUAGCGGUCGGUGGUUCGUGCGCGGCUUGGUGUCGUUCACUCCAGCGCGUGGAAGCAGCGGACUGUGCGAUCCGCUCAAGUACACCGUCUACACCGACGUGGCCAAGUACGUGGAAUGGAUUAAGCAGUACAUCGAUCAGCGUGUCCUACCGGUCGAGAGUGACGUGCUGGAAAUGGACUACGAGGAGAAGCUACGCCUGUUCAACUUUGGCAGCUGUGGUGUGCUGUGUUGUAUAUGGAACACCCUAUGUAUGAGCGGUGAUGAUUGUCAUCGCUCCUGACGUGACACAACCUGGAUGCCGUCCGGAUGCACCCCGACCUGGCAUCAACUAAAAGAGCUCUAGAUCAAUCAGCAUCGUUGGCUCGUGAACUUCCACUCUUUUAUUCUCCUCAUUAUUACAUUUUUUAUUCAAUAAAGUGAAUUCAAUACGCAA